UAGAUAAAAUGGAUCUGUUUGAUGUUCAUCGAGCGAGCAAUGGAGGCGACCGAAGAUUUGUUAACCAAGAUCCGUCCCCCUCGUCUAGAGGAUGCCGGCCUCGAGGACUGCGCACUUCCACCUGAAUCCAUCAAAGAGGCUUUCCUCAAGGCCGUAACGGCCGUCAGAUCUCGUCCUUCAUUUUUCUUCUCCGAAUCAGACGACGAAUCCGACACUGAAAAUGUGGAAGGUUGUGUCGUCGAUCCGUGGCCAGAAACAAAGGAAUCGUCCGAUAAAUUGUUUGGAAUCAGAGACGGGAUUGAUCAGCCUCCUUCUGAACCCUGCUCCUCCGGUGGAGGCGUGCCGGAAGUGGUGGUCGGAGACGAUGUCGCCGAGGUCGAAGAGCUGAAGAAGGAGGAGGAGAUAAGAGAUGCUUGCGUUGAUGGGUUGAAGGGUUUGAUGAUUGGAGAAAGAAAGGAGUUGAAGAAGAAGGAUGAAGAUAGAAAGGAGCCAACUUUGGUUGAAGGUUACAUUUGAAAAGAAAGAACCCUAAUUGUUGAAUUUCAGUUUAUUUCUUCUUAAGGGUUUUGGUUUGUUCAUGUAAAUUUCACAAUUACUUCAAGAUGGGGUUUUUAAGCUCCAUCUUUUUCUGUUUGGUAUAAGAUGUUUGAUUUGUCA